AUGACUUCCUCCCUCAAAAAACAACAAAAAAUUAUCUCUGGUUUAUCUGAAACCGUAAAACAUCUUGGUUAUGACAUUCGCGAAGUUCGAGAUGGGGUCGCAAGAAGUAGUAAUGCCGGAUCUGGCACGUCAAAAACGCCUCAAAAUUAUACUGGCACUAUUUCCGAUCUCUGGGAAGACAUUGAUAUCCUGUUCAAAGAAAAGAAAACACACGAAAAGCGGUCUAUGGCAAGGUUGUAUCCAAAGGUGGCCGAGGAAAUCCGGGAGCUUGCCAUCAAUCAUAAGAAGGGAAUAGCGAUCAGUGAUGCCACCGUUAGAAAUUUUCAUAAAAAAUUGACUAAAAAUCCGAAAGAAGAUACACUGAUUCGGCGCAGGCUUAUCCGUGCUGAAAAGAGAAAUAAAUUUUAG